AUGGCACAAGACGAACCUGUACCGCCGCAGUUAACUCUGCUCUACCGAAUGGAGGCUUUGCUCUCACCUCCAAUCAAUGUUCCGGAUAUUCCAUAUGGACAAGCGCGCACUAUUAUUCCCAUUAUCGGAGGCACCUUCAAGGGACCAAGACUAUCUGGCAAAAUCCUGAACAUCGGUGCCGACUGGCUUUUGGUGGACAACGGAGGCAAGUCAAGGCCUGAUACGCGUUAUGUGCUACAGACAGACGCCGGCGAGAUUAUUUACAUUAAGACUGAGGGUCUGCCGCCAAAAGACAACAGUGCGGGCGCACCAUUGAUGCUGAGGGGCAAGUUUGAGACGAGCAUGAACAACACAGUCGCGUGGUUGAACGAUGUCGCCGCCAUUGCUGUACUGCGAGGAGGGAAGCCAAACACUGUGCUGAUUGAUAUGUGGGAGGCAUCGCCGGCUCCAGAGAGCAGCAAGCUGUAAGAGCAAUCCAACCGUUGUACAUAGUUGAAUAAAAAUGUAAUAAGUGAUUCUA